UUUUUUUCUUCAGUAAUAAGCUUGACUUGCAGCAAAGUCAUGCUUCAGCAUCUUCGAGAAGAACCCAUCACGACUACAUCACAUCUGUUGUAAAAUUUCAUUUCGUUUUCAGUUCCCUGACAGAGAUGGGCGAGAUCAGUGAAGCGUCCUUACUGGAAUACAUCUGUUCCUCUGGAGGAAAAGUCAAAAAUUCAGACCUGUCCAACACAUAUAAGCAUUUUAUAAACCAUAGCGAUUUGCAGCUACGUGCCAAAUACAGAGAAGAGUUCAAACUCAUCAUUGAUCGAAUUGCGGUGGUGAAAUCUGAGAAUGGAGAGAAAUAUCUCGUCCUCAAGAAGAAGUAUAGACAGCAAAUGCAAGAGCGAAAGUCUGGCCCCGGAAAGGGAGGAGAAUAUCAGCCGGUUCAGCCAAACCCACAAAAUGUUCUCCGGGUCUCCAAUCCAGUGCAGAACCGUAACCCAACGCCUCAGCAACCAGCACUGGUGGCCUGGUGCUCAGGACCCAUGAUUACAGUCACAGAGGCACCAGAACCGAUUCAUACAGAUGUUCAGGCAGACAGCACCCUCUCACCGCUAGCAGCAGAGGAGAAACCAGAGGAGCUUUCAGCCUCAGACCGAGAAGAUGAACUCGACAAGGAUUCAGGGUCAAAGAGUGAAUCCGAGCAGGAUGAGGAGUGUGGAGGCAGUUUGGGAUCCACCGCUGUGGCUCUUGAUCCUCUUGAGAAAGAGUGGAUCUUUUCUGCAGCAAGUGGCAAACUGUCUCACCUCACUCAGCUCCUGAAGCAAGACUCCUCCCUGGCCAAUAAAAAGGACUUCACCUCAGGGACCGCGCUACACUGGGCUGCGAAACAUGGUAAAGAAGACAUGACCACAAUGUUGGCAGAAGCAGGGGCUGACAUCAAUAUAAAAGCACAUGGGGGAUACACACCGUUACACAUCGCAGCACUGCAUGGCCAUCGACAUAUAUUUGACCUGCUGGUCAGGACAUACGGAGCGAAGGAAAAUCUGCGGGACUACAGCGGCCGCUUAGCAUAUCAUUACCUCAAUUUACGGGAGACACAAUUAGAAGACCAUGAACUAUCUGAAGUCAGCGAGUGCCACAGCCUAACCCAGGCCGGCGAGCGCAGGAACAGGAAGAUCACCUCAUUAUUUCACUCCAUGAAGAAGUGGGGUUCAGCAGAGGACCUGGCGCCCGUGCUGGAGGAGAGGACUGUUGCUCAUCAGCUCAUGCUCCCUGCAUUUAGACCCAGAAAGUUCUCACGGUAGACUGUGUGAAGUCUCGCUUUAGUGCCGCUUGAAUAGUGUACAGAUGAAAACGCACUUUGCUGCUUUAUUCGCACAGAUAGCUAUGAUGAAGUUGUAUUCACAUUUAAGUAGCUUUUUAGCUUCAUUAGCAUUUGUAGUGUUAUGCCACAGCAGUGUGUGAUAUUCUAAAAGUGUAAUGUCUUAUUUUCUCUGCUAAAGGUUUACAUUUUUCAUUAAGCAAUGAAAAGGUGCAUUUUAAAUGAACUGUUCAUCUUAUGAUCCCAAAGUUUUACAAGUAUGAAGAACUAUGUUGUCUGUAUGUUAAUGCUAAAGUUCUGUCUUGAAUAGAGACCAACUUCA